ACGUAAAAAUACCGGUUAAUGAAGAAUGUUUACGUCACAAACGAUUUAAACUUUUAUGCAAAUCAUUUACGAAACAGUUACGUCCAGAAAAAAAGUUAUAUAUUGGGAGGGUUACGACCUCAACCUCGACUUCUACACAUCACGUAUUCGUUUGUGUUGAAAUCGGUAGAUAACGAUAAACUGAUUAUUUAUGCAAGUAGGGAAGGCAUAACUUCCCCAUUCCAUUCACCAUUGGAACAGGAACUGCUUAACAUACCACAAUGGAAUGCAACGAUGUUUACAUUGUUUCAGCAUGUAGAACAGCAAUAGGUGCAUUUAACGGACAAUUUAGUAAAAUCCCAGCAAUUAAUUUGGGAAGUACUGUUAUUCAAGAGUGCUUUAAAAGAGCAAAUGUUUCUCCUGAAAAUGUAUCGGAGGUGAUAAUGGGCCAUGUGCUAACGGCCGGUCAAGGGCAAAAUCCAGCUCGUCUGGCUUCUAAGAAUGCUGGCAUUCCGAUCGAGGUUCCCUCGUAUACGGUAAACAUGUUGUGCGGUUCGGGGUUGAAGGCGAUUGCCUUAGGGUACCAAUCCGUUAAAAGUGGUGAUUCGGAUUUUGUAAUCUGCGGUGGUCAAGAAAACAUGACGUUAGCCCAACAUGCCGCGCAUGUUCGCGCUGGAGUUAAGUUUGGAAGCAUUGAUCUGAAGGAUACGAUGUUGGUGGAUGGAUUAGUUGAUACUUUCCACGGUGUACACAUGGGAGUGACUGCUGAGUUUAUUGCGCAAAAGUAUAAUGUGUCACGUGAGGCACAAGAUAAUUUCGCUCUUCAAUCUCAGAUGAAAGCCGCAGAAGCUAUUCGUAAUGGUCACUUUGUGAAAGAAGUUGUUGCUGUAGCCCAACUGAAACCUCCGAUGUUACUGACCAAUGAUGAAUUUGUAAAACCAGACACAAGUAUAGAAAAGCUUUCCAAACUGAAUACGCCCUUUGAAAAGGAUGCAUCAAAAUCUCCAUCGGUCACGGCAGGAAAUGCGUCCGGUAUUAAUGAUGGUGCAGCCGCAGUAAUGCUGUGUAGCGCUUCACAGAUAAAAUCGAGAAAUCUGAAGCCGUUGGCCAGAAUUGUAGCCUUUGCUCAAAGUGGGUUGGAACCAAUGGAAAUGGGACUUGGCCCCGUGAAGGCCGUAGAACUUGUUUUGAAAAGGAGCGGCUGGAGUAAAGAGGAGGUGGAUUUGUUCGAACUGAAUGAAGCAUUUGCUUCACAAUCGCUAGUUGUAGUUGACCAAUUAGGACUUGAUGUUAAGAAAAUUAACAUAAGUGGUGGUGCAAUCGCCUUAGGUCAUCCUAUUGGAGCUUCCGGUGCCAGGAUAUUGGUCACUUUAAUUUAUAAUUUACAGCGUACACAACUGACUAAAGGUGUGGCUGCCUUGUGCAUAGGUGGUGGAAUGGGUAUAGCCAUGGCAAUAGAGAGGUUAUGAUACGUAUCAGUUUUGCUGAUACAUUUGUACCCCGUCUGAUAUUUCAGUAUUCAAAUAGGUUGUAUAGAUCCAGGGAGAGUGAAUUCAGAUUUAUAUUUCUUAUAGUGGUGGUGAGCAACUGAAGUGCUAUUAAUUCGAUUGACAUACCUAACUGUAUGUAACUUUUAUCAUUUCUACUUUAUAAGGCAAUGUUUUCUGUUUAUAUUUAUAUAUGGUUGUGAGUGAAAUGCGACAAAAAUUUAUAUACGUUGGAAAUAAAGAUGAUCUUAAUAUAA